CAGAAUAAUAUUUUACAUCAUAAAUGUGUAUUUGGGAGGGCGAUCAUCAGGUUUUGUUAUUGAAGUUUAGAAGAUUAAACAUGAAGCUGUAGAAUGCUUGACGUACUGCAAUAAUAAGUUGUAUUAUUGAUAUUACCAUUAAAUUAUAAGUAUACUUUAGUACAUUUGGAAAAUGAUGGCAGUAGAUUGGAUUGCAAAACCAGUCAAUUAUAAAAUAGUACGAUUCGCAUAUUUAGAAGAAACAGUAGAUCAUCCUUUAAAACCUGUUACUAUUAUGUUAAUUGAUGGUCGCAGCGGAGUCAAACGCAAUGCGUUGCAACAUAUGCAUAGUAGCUCUUCGAUUGGUACAUCAACUCCACUUUUAGGAAAUACUUUACCAGAUCCAUUAUUAAGUCAUUCUUCUCUUGAUGGAUCUGAUCCUCUGUCACAAUUUGCCAGAGAGGAAUUAGAUCCUUUAUCUAAAAUGGCUGCAGAUGAGUGGGAUUAUUCUAGCAGUACUAUUGUUACUAAUAAAAAAGUUAAAGAUACCGCAGAGGAAUUGGUAGAACCUUGGUCAACAAGGCGAACUGCAAUAUUAAACAAGUAUACUACUUCAGAAAAGCUAUCAAUUGUUACUAGCUUUUUAACAGGUGGCGAAAAAGUCAUUGUUAAAGUUCAACCAACUGGUGGUGUAGUAGACAAAGUACGAACUAGAUUGGAACAGCUAGAUGAUUUUGAGGAAGGAUCAGUUAGGCAAAUGUUAGAUCUAUCACAACAACAAUAUACUACAAGAAUAGAACAGUUAAAUAAUGAACUUGUACAAGCAUGGCAUUCUGAUCAAAGAGUUAAGGCACUGAAAAUAGCCAUUCAGUGUGCCAAAUUGUUAGUAGAUACAUCUGUUAUGACGUUUUACCCCAGCAAAUUUGUUCUUAUCACUGACAUCUUAGAUAUUUUUGGGAAACUUGUGUAUGAAAGAUUAAAAGUAAAGGCUGAAUAUUACAAACCAGGAAGCAAAGUACCAACGAGUUUACCUGAUAAUUUUACACCGGAUAUGGUACCUGAAAAUGCAAAAGAAACGUGUAGAAAUUGGUUUUAUAAAAUUGCAUCAAUAAGAGAACUAGUUCCUCGUUUGUAUGUGGAAAUGGCAAUAAUAAAAUCAUACAGUUUUUUGACAACAAGUGAAUUUAAUAGUGCACUACUUAGAAUUACACAAAUGAUACGAGGAAUUGGAAAUCCUCUUAUAGCUGUAUACGCUAGAUGUUAUUUAUGUCGUGUGGGAUUAGCUUUAAACAAAACAUCUGAUUUUGAAUUUGUAAGAGAUAAUUUUUAUGAUUUCCUCUCGACGUAUCAGCAGUUAUUCAGUCCUUUUGUAAAAGAUGAACUGGUUAAGCAAAGUAUGUCUUUAUAUUCAUAUUUAAAUCUGUAUUCACCAGCUUUAGAUUGGAUUUUACAAAUUUUGGUGGCAACAACUCCUGAAAAUCUUUUAGAAGAUGUACUUUCGCAAAGCAAAAAACAGACAAAUAGUUCGCUAUUAUUGAAUAGCAUUUUAAUAGCAUUUAAACCAUCAUAUAUUGCUGUACGUGCAAUAGAUUUCUUAAAUUUGAUAACUGCAAUUCAAGAUGACGGUUACCCACAAUAUCACUUAUAUAGAAGUUUCGGUGAAUGUUUGAUAAAAGAAUCACCGCCAAAAGAAGAUUGUCAAACAAUUCUUAAUAUAAUAUGGAAAUAUAUCACAGAAUUAACAAAUCCUAAUAAAUUUAUGUAUUGUGUGGAAAUUUGGAUUCAAUUUACUGCUAUACAUUUCUCUGUAAAUGAGUUGAAUUUGUUUUUUGGAAAAAUAAUUGAUCGACUUAAUCCAAACAAAAACUUUGAGCAUCAUUAUCCACAGUUGCAAAACAUUAUUGAAAAAGUGAUUGCACAUACACAAGAUUUUGAGUCUCUAUUUGCUAUAGAUAAUUUCUUACCCUUCAUCGAUUUGUUCCACAAGGAAGCUAUUAAGGUUGAAGUUUGUAAAACAAUUAUAGAAGGUUUAAGUGCUCAAAGUAGUUCUAUUACCGAUCCCAUUGUUAUAAAUGCUCUCAUGUUUGUCGCUAGAAUAAUGCACGACUCUGUGAGUGCUUUAACCGUUGAAGAUGAGAAACGACAAAUUGGUCAACUUAUUUGUAGCUUAGUGCAACGUGUCGAUUAUGAUCGUGAUUUUGAGAAACAGCUUAAUUUUUACGCAGAAGCUAGAGCUGCUUUUCCCAAUCUCGAUAGUGUACAUGUACAACUUGUACAGUGUGUAAAUAGAUUAUCGGUUGACACUCGAAAAAUUGUUCGGGGACAUCAUACAAGAAGAACAUCAGCAUUUGUACGUGCCUGUGCUGCAUUUUGUUUUAUUACUAUUCCGUCGUUGACAUUAGUUCGUACACGCCUACAGUUAUAUCUAUUGUCGGGUCAAGUGGCACUUUUAAAUCAAUGCUUAGGUCAAGCCGAUGCAUGUUUUAAAGCUGCUUUAAGCCUGGUUCCUGACAUGCCAAAAACAAUAGAUAUAGAUGGAAGACAGAAAAACUCACAACCAUAUUUACUAUCAUAUUUAUCCAAUUUUUUAUCAACGUUGUUAGUAGUUCCGGAUAGUCCAGAAUAUGGUGUUUUAUAUUUGAUGCGCGGUUUGCUGAAUGCUGUUCAACGUUGUUUCGAGGAAAAUGUAUCGACAAAGUCAUAUUUGUAUUUACGCGUGCUUGAUUUAUUGUCAGCAGUAACUCAGGAGAAUUAUCCAUACCACGUUGAUAAGGUUGAUUCUAAUGAUAAAUUGUAUGGAUCUGACAAAAAAUUUAUAAGUGAAGUCAACAAAAUAUGUUCAAAACUCGUAGAAGAGAUUUUGUCUCAUUUAAAGUAUCUUGGGACUACUGAUCAGCUUGAGAAACAAGCAAACCUUGCACUUGAGCUUUUUAAUUGUUUUGUUAUUAGAGCUGAUUUACGUGAUCCAUCAUUAGCACACAUGGCUGUGAAUUUGUGGAAUUUGUCUCAACGUUAUAAUUUCAUUGAUUCAAAAGUUAAGAUGAAAACAAUUGCCUAUAUGGUACAAAAGAGUCAUCAUAAGGAAUAUGAACAUUUCGCGGAUAUUUUAAAGAAAAUGAUGAAAUAAACAUUUGAUCAGAAUACAGCGUCAAAUGAAUUAAGAUUACAAUUUCAUAUAUACUAAUGCAAAGGAAGUAAAUAUAAAACUUCAACACAUGGUGUAGGGGGCAUUUAGUAACUGCUCUCUUUACAGACAAAUGGAUUGUAAAUACAGUCAGUGUUUCUUAAUUUUCAACAAAUAUUUUAUAUACAUAAAAAAAUACAAACUAUAUAUAAUUUUUGUGUA